CCGGCUUGCAGCCCGGCGGCGGCUCCCGGCGGGCGACCCGCCCCGCCCCGUCCGAGGAGGCCCCGCCCCGCGUCACGUGACCGCCGCGCCCUCUGACCCCGAGCCACCGGAAGGAGAAAGUCCCGGCGGGUUGCCCGGCGCGAUGAGGUUCCGGUUCUGUGGUGAUCUGGACUGUCCUGACUGGGUCCUGGCGGAGAUCAGCACACUUGCCAAGAUUUCCUCCGUGAAGCUGAGGCUGCUGUGCGGUCAGGUGCUGCAGGAGCUUCUGGGGCUGGGAAUGGAUGUGAGUGCCUGGUCCAGCCCUUGUCCCACAACCCUGAGGGUGCACAAACCCAGGGAGUACGAGAAGGUCCAGAAACUCACUGCUGAUGCCAGGUUUGAGCUGGGCGAUGUGAAAGCCACUGUGGCAGUACUGAGUUUCAUCCUCUCCAGUGCUGCCAAGCACAGCGUGGAUGGCGAGUCCUUGUCCAGUGAAUUGCAGCAGCUGGGGUUGCCUAAAGAGCACGCAGCCAGCCUAUGUCGCUGUUACGAAGAGAAGCAAAGCCCCCUGCAGGAGUACUUGCGGGCCUGCAGCCUGCGUGUAAAUAGGCUGGCAGGCACGGGCUGGCGGGUAGACUACAUCAUGAGCUCCAGCCUGCUACAGCCUGUGGAAGAGCCAGUGGUACACCUGCGGCUGGAGGUGGCAACUGCCCCGGAGGCCCCUGCCCAGCCUGUUGCCCUAUCCCUCUCGGCAGACAAAUUCCAGGUCCUCCUGGCAGAACUGAAGCAGGCCCAGGCCCUGAUGAGCUCCCUGGGCUGAGGAGAGUGUUGGUGGAAGUUGCUGCCCUUCGAACUUCUCUUCAGGACCCUGGAAGCCUGGCCUCCUGGAUCUCUGGCUUUCUAGGUUCCUACUUGAAAAUUCAGCACAGCAAUCCAGAGAACUUUUCCAAAAUUGUCUUCUCUCCCCCAGAAAGAUACUCGAUGGCUUUUCCAAACAGGAAGAAUAAACAGAAGUGUAAAGGAA